CUUUUAUGUGUAAUCAUGCUUAUUUCUAGACCUCGGUAUAUUUAUUUUAUCACGCAUUUUAUCGCAGUCUUGUUUUACGUGAGUUUUCAUUGCUCACAUCGAAAUAAUUGUGACACAUUGCCAUUAUGUCAUCUGAACCAAAUAUGUAAAAGGACACUAAUGACAGCAGCAGAGAAGCUUGCCGCUGUUCCUGAUGUGGAUAUCGACCCAGAAGGAACAUUUAAGUAUGUUCUAAUACGUGUCUUUGGUCCAGAGGGUCCUGAUGGCAAAGAACCAAGCAAAUUAGUGGUGCGAGGAUACAAGCGAGCUGGCUUCCAUUCGGACGUCUACGAUGAGACGAUGGACAGGGUGAAAGGCCUUGGCGUUGAUACCGAGUGCACUGGUGGUGGCAGAAUACAGCACGACCCCAGUGCCAAGGUCAUCAAAGUGUACGGCUACUCACAGGGGUUUGGGAAGGCAGACCACAGCAAGACUGUAGAAAUUCUUAAGACUGCAUAUCCUGAUUACAACAUUACUUGGAGUGAUGAAGGAUACUGAUCUGCUCAGUUUGUAAUAUUUGACAUUGCAGCUUUUGAAAAUGGAGCAGGAUGUUGUGCCCUGUUUCCUAUUGGAGUGUUUCUCUGUGAUCAGAAUUGGAGGCAGACAAUUCACUUGAACUUCCAUUGCUGUUGUUGAUGUCUUUGAAUCAUGUUGUUUCUUUGUGAUUAAUAAAAAGAUUAUACAAUCCAA